AUGGCUACGAACAUCACCUGGCAUGCCUCCCUGUCUCGCCAAGAGCGAAAUGAGCUCCGCGGUCAGAAGGGCUUCACCAUCUGGUUGACAGGUCUGUCGGCUUCGGGCAAGUCGACAGUCGCGACUGCUCUUGAACAGCACCUUAUUCAUCUCGGGCUUGCUGCCUACCGUCUGGACGGCGACAAUGUGCGCUUUGGCCUGAAUAAAGACUUGGGGUUUUCGGAAAAGGACCGCAACGAGAAUAUUCGUAGGAUUGCUGAGGUUGCAAAGCUGUUUGCGGAUUCCUCUACCAUUGCGAUUACCUCCUUUAUUUCUCCGUAUCGCGCCGAUCGCGACACCGCACGCGAGCUGCACGCCCAGGCCAGCCAGGGCGAGGAUCAUGCCAUCCCUUUCAUCGAAGUAUUUGUUGACGUUCCUCUCGAGGUCGCCGAGCAGCGGGACCCCAAGGGUCUAUACAAGAAGGCUCGUGCUGGCGAGAUCAAGGAAUUCACCGGCAUCACCGCACCCUAUGAGGAGCCACUGAAUCCCGAGAUUCGUAUCCAUACUGAUAAGUCCUCUGUCGAGGAAUGCGUCAGCGAGAUUACGCAGUGGUUGAGCUCCAAAGGUCUAAUCGCUACGAAGCAGCCGGAGGUUUGA